GUCGAACUGUGACCCACAACAUUUUCACUCUUCGAGAUAAAACUUAGUCGACUUCUGGCGCGGCAAGUAUGAAGUUUUUCUUGCUGUUUGUGCUGGCGUUGGGGGGGUUUCCCCCCAAUUUGGGGAUACCCGCCAAUUUGUUGUACGAUUGGGACGUGGAAGAGAUCCAGGAGCUGCCCCACGCUAGUGACGUAGCCAGCAAGGAGAUACCACUAAGAGUACCCAUUGUGUUUUUCGGAGUACCAUUUGAUACCAUCUGGGUUAACUCCAAUGGUAUAAUAUCCUUUCAAACGGACAUACAGCAGUUUCUGAACAUACAAUUCCCUCUGGAUUACCCCAUAAUCGCGCCGUUUUAUUCCCACGUGGAUUUAACAAAAUCUGGCACCGUUACCUAUUACGAAACCGAUAGCCCAGGCUUACUGGAGAGGGCUACAAACAAUGUACACGACGCGUUUACAAAUUCCCACGAUUUCCAAGCGACAAGUCUGUUUUUGGUUACAUGGCAUGCCGUGGGCUACUAUAAAGGAGGCGAAGAUAAGUUGAACACUUUUCAAGUGGCUAUAAUCAGCGAUGGACAACAAUCGUACGUGGAAUUUUUGUAUCCAGAAAAUGGGAUACAAUGGAUCAAGGGUACCGGGGACGAAUCUGGGCUGCCAGAUGCUAGAGCCCAGGCUGGUUUAAUCACCCCUGAAGGCAGGGUUUACACUUUACCGGGAUCUGGUACAGAGCAAGUGAAAAAUCUUGAAAGCCGUUCCAACAUUGGUUUAGUAGGCCAAUUUAUGUAUAGGGUUGACCAAGUUGAGCUAGAAGAACCCGAUUUAAAUGGAGAAGAUCAAAAUAUGACUGAGGCACCACUUACAUGCAGUGAGGCUACAUCUGUGUGUCAUCCCCAGGCUUCUUGCGUUGAUUAUGAAGAAGGUUUUUGCUGUCAAUGUAAAGAAAAAUAUUAUGGAAAUGGAAAAUCAUGCAUUAAGAAAGAUGCUCCUCUAAGAAUAAAUGGAAAAGUUAGUGGUAAAAUCAACGAGGAAACUUUGGACAACCUAGAUUUACAAUCCUACAUUGUAAUGGUUGAUGGUAGAGCUUACACAGCCAUAUCCAAAAUACCAGAAGCUAUUGGUUUUGAUGUGCAAUCACUGCAAAUUCUUGGCGGAGUUAUAGGCUACAUAUUCGCAAAACCAGUCCGUGAAGCCCUAAACGGCUACCAACUCACAGGAGGAGUCUUCAAUCACUCGGCCACAGUCACUUUUCUAAACACCAGCCAAGUGGUCACCAUAAAACAAAGAUACGUGGGUUUGGACGUGUUCGAUCAGCUUCGCCUCGAAGCUGACAUACAGGGCGAAAUACCGAACCUACCUCAAAACGUCAAGGUCGACAUAGAGGAGUACCAAGAGGAAUACACCAUGACCAGACCUGGCUUGAUACAGAUGAGCUCGCAAAGGAGCUUCAAGUAUGUGAACGCUUUGAACAACCAGGAUGUGGUUUACGUGUACAACGUGGAGCAAGCUUUCACUUUUGAUUCGUGCUUGCAUGAUAAUACUACCGUGGGGGCUAUUUGGAAGUUGAGGGUUGGGAAGAAUUUUAUCAGUUAUGAGGCUAGGGAGCAGAUCAUUAGGUUUGGAAUGAGCAACAAGGUUAUACCUUUUGGAGAUAAUGACCCUUGCGAAGAAGGUAGAUCCAAAUGUGGCCCAAACAGUUCUUGUGUCGUGGAUAACGAUAAUUACAGAUGUGUCUGCAAUCCAGGCUAUCAACAAUUCUUUAGAGACAAUAUGACGCUGUGUGCUGAUAUUAAUGAAUGUGCUACAGGUCAACACGACUGCGACUACAACGCCCUCUGCACGAACGUGAUAGGAACCUUCACGUGCCAAUGUUUGCCAGGUUUCGAAGGCAACGGCCACGUCUGCGAGAACGCGCGCAGCUGCGCUAACGUUCAAUGCGCAGUGGACGCCGAAUGUGUCGAGCAAAACGAAAUUGCGCAGUGCAUGUGUCAAAGGGGAUUCACAGGCGACGGAUACCACUGCAGGGCUGUCGUCGAUCAGAGUUGCCACGUCAACAAUAACUGUUCGCCUUAUGGUAUUUGCUCUAUAAAUCCCAGAACCAACCAGUACAAUUGCGAAUGUUUACCUAAUUAUGAAGGAAACGGUUACGAAUGUAGACCUAAAUACACCACAACUACCCCAACCACUACAACAGAAGAAAUCACCACUACAGAGUAUCCUACAGAACCCUCGAGAAUUAUAAACAGAUGUCUUAUGGGCGUUUGUUGGUGCCCGCAGGGCUAUAAAACCCAACCAAACUCAAAAUACUGCAUACCGGCGAACCAAGAACCUGAACCGGUCACCGAAAUGGAAGAAUCUUGCGACGUUGCCAGGAACUGUCACAAAGACGCGCAGUGCAUCUACAGCCAAUCGCAAGCUUCCUACGUGUGCCAAUGCAAUGACGGCCUGGAAGGCGACGGUUACACAUGCAACCCUGGACAAGUUUCUUGCAGCGUUUUGGAUAAUUGCGAUCCUCACGCCACCUGUCUGUACGAUGAUAACUUGGGAAAAUCGCGCUGCAUAUGCUCAGAAGGGUACAUAGGUGACGGAUACGUUUGCAGCUCUGCAACCGGCUGCUCCAGCUGCACAGCUACAGAAAACUGUGCUGCGAGUCCUGAAACUGGACUUUCGGAAUGCGUAUGCAAGGAAAAUCAUCAUAGAGACUCGCAGCAUCAAUGUGUACCAUCUCAAAUGUUCUGUGGUGCUGGAAAAUGCGUGGAGGAUGCGGAAUGCAUGUGGAAUGAAGAAUUGCAAACGCAAUUUUGCGCUUGUAAACCAGGAUUUAUGGGAGAUGGUAUUACCGAAUGCAGACAAAAACCGGUAGGUUGCGACGUUGCCAACAAUUGCGCCGUCGACGCCACCUGUCAAUACGAUGAGCAACUAAUGUCAUACACUUGUCGGUGCAAAGAAGGUUACCAAGGAGACGGGUUGGUGUGUUACAAGGAAAGAACAUGCCAAGUUGACCCUGGGAUGUGCAGUCCGUAUGCCAGCUGUAUCAUUGAUAGAAGUUUCUAUUGUAAAUGCAACCCAGGCUACGUCGGAAACGGAACAUCCUGUAAACCAAUACCGGUCCACGAAGGCAACUUUUUACUGCUAAAUUACGGUAUUGCCACCUUAAAAAUAUACACAGACGAACCCACCAGCAAAAAAUCUGGCAGGCCCAUCCAGGUAAAACCAAACCAAGUCAGUGUUGGUUUGGACAUUGACUGUAUAGAUGGCAGGGUGUACUGGAGUGAUAUUACUAAUAGAGCCAUAAGAAGUUCUACGUUUAAUGGAAGUGAAAAGCAAGAUUUUAUUAGAGAUGCGCUUGGCUCACCAGAAGGCCUUGCUAUAGAUUGGGUAUCAAGAAAUAUUUAUUGGACUGACUCCACAAAUGAUACCAUUGAAGUGGCAAAUUUGGACUCUAAAAGACGCAGAACUCUAUUUAAAACGGGCCUUGUAAACCCUAGGGGUAUUGCUGUACAUCCGCAAAGAGGAAAAAUCUUUUGGACCGAUUGGAACCGCAAAAGCCCAAAAAUCGAGUGGGCCAACGCCGACGGUACGGGCAGAGACGUUUUCUUGCGCGGUUUUGACGUUUCUCUGCCAAACUCUUUGACAAUCGAUUACGACACCGACAGUCUCUGCUACGCAGACGCAGGAACGAAAAAAAUCGAAUGCGUUCAGAUCGACACGAGGGCAAAGCAAACUUAUGCAACCAACUGCACAUAUCCCUUCGGUAUUACCGUCACGGAUAGAAACAUCUAUUGGUCCGAUUGGAUUACCAAAAAAAUUGAGAGUGUGGACAAGCACUCUCUGCGCAGGGCCGCCCCGAUUAAGGUGCCGAUCUUUGCCAGCGGCGCCAAGUUGUACGGGCUUGUGGCGGUCCCGAAUAGGUGCCCUGAGGUAACCAACGUCUGUCAAUACUACAGAGACCAGUGCCCUGACGAGCAUAUUUGCGUGCCGAACGGAAGCGGAAGCAGAAGUUGCCUGUGCGGAUACAAAUCUGACAAACUCGACGAGCAGCCAUCUUGCGAGCUGUAGUUAUUUUAUAAGUAUUAUGUGUGUAGUUUUUUGUAUACUUUAUAUUAUGUGUGUAUUAAUUUAAAAUGAUGGAGAAAAACUAUGUAUAUUAUCUUUUUAUAUGAAAUAAAUUUGUAUACUUAAACACAA